AUGUCAAAUCUUGCAAAGCUUGAAUUUGCGGCCCUUGAUAUUUCGGGGGACAAUUAUUUAUCAUGGAUUUUAGAUGCUGAGAUUCAUCUAGAUGCAAUGGGUCUGGGUGAUGCUAUUAAAGAAGAAAAUAAAGCAUCUGAACAAGAUAAAGCUAAAGCUAUGAUUUUCCUUCGUCGCCAUCUUCAUGAAGGGUUGAAAAUUGAAUACCUUACUAUAAAAGACCCUUCUGUACUAUGGAAAAAUUUAAAAGAAAGAUAUGACCAUCAAAAGACCGUGAUUUUGCCAAAAGCUCGUUAUGAUUGGAUGCAUUUACGGUUGCAAGAUUUUAAAACUGUAAGUGAAUAUAAUUCUGCAAUGUUUAGAAUUACUUCUCAAUUGACUCUAUGUGGAGAAAGAAUUACUGAUGAAGAUAUGUUGGAAAAAACAUUCUCAACUUUUCAUGCAACUAAUUUGCUUUUGCAACAACAGUAUCGUGAAAAAGGGUUCGUACUUCAUAACGCGGCGCUGUUGUGUUCUGUUCGUGGAUCUCGUUGA